AUAAAAACUACACACAUCGCACAUUACCCAAAGCUGGCAACCCUCACAACCGCAAGUCGAGGGUAAAUCUACUCCAGCCGCCCAACACUUUUCCUCCUACUUUCCAUGGCUUCAUCUCUCUGUUUCUUGCCUGUGCUACUCUUUCUUCUUUCAUCUGUUGUUUCAUCUUCUUCAUCCUCUUCUUCCACUGAUGUUUUACAUGGGAGUGAAGAAGCUGAAGUUGUGGGGAAUGAUUUGCAUCGGGAAUUUCUGAGAGAUGAAGCGGUCUCAAGAUUAAAUGAGCUUGGAAAGAUUAGCGAUGUGGAUGGCUACCUUGAGAGGACUUUCUUGAGCCCAGCCUCUGUAAGAGCCGCAAAUGCUAUCCGUCAAUGGAUGGAGGAUGCUGGUUUGAGAACAUGGGUAGACCUUAUGGGUAAUGUGCAUGGUCGGGUUGAUGGGAUCAAUGCUAGUGCUCCUGCACUGUUGAUGGGAUCUCAUAUGGACACUGUAGUCGAUGCUGGAAAGUUUGAUGGUGCGCUAGGUAUCAUUUCUGCAAUAUCAGCUCUGAAGGUUUUGAAGGUGACGGAGAAGUUAGAAAUGCUGAGGCGUCCAGUUGAGGUGAUUGCUUUUUGUGAUGAGGAGGGUGUGAGAUUCCAGUCAACCUUCCUCGGAAGUGCUGCCAUAGCAGGCAUCUUACCAGCUUCCACAUUGAAUACAUCAGACAAGAGUGGCAAAACAUUACAAGAAGUCCUCGAGGAAAAUACUAUUGGAGAAACAGAGGACAACUUGAUCCAGCUCAAGUAUGAGCCAGAGUCGGUUUGGGGUUAUGUCGAGGUUCACAUUGAACAGGGGCCUGUUUUGGAAUCAGCUGGUAUUCCCCUGGGGGUAGUCAAAGGCAUAGCUGGGCAGACACGGUUAAAGGUAACAGUUUCAGGCUCACAGGGACAUGCAGGAACUGUCCCCAUGUCCAUGCGGCGUGAUCCUAUGGCCGCCACUGCUGAAUUGAUUGUACUACUAGAAAGCCUUUGUAAACGACCUAAGGAAUUUUUGUCAUAUGAUGAUGACUGCAGCACAGUUGAAUCUCUUUUUGGAUCUCUUGUCUGUACUGUAGGAGAAAUAUCAUUAUGGCCAAGUGCCAGCAAUGUUAUUCCAGGACAGGUGACAUUUACAAUAGAUUUACGUGCUAUGGAUGAUGCUGGCCGUGAGGCUGUUUUGUAUGAAUUAUCAGCUAGAAUGUACAAUAUUUGUGAUAGACGAUCAGUUUCAUGUGUAAUUGAGCGCAAGCAUGAUGCAAAUGCUGUCAAAUGCGAUAGUGAAUUGAGUUCACAGCUUCAGUCGGCUGCCCUCACUGCAUUCAGGAAAAUGGCAGGUAAUGUUGAAGUUGAUGUACCGAAAUUAAUGAGUGGGGCCGGGCAUGAUGCCAUGGCCAUGUCUCGUCUAACUAAGAUGGGAAUGCUCUUUGUACGUUGUCGUGGGGGUAUUAGUCACUCACCUGCGGAACAUGUAUUGGAUGAUGAUGUUUGGGCUGCUGGUUUGGCAGUCUUGGCAUUUUUGGAGAAUCAUGUGUAGAAAUGGUAGUUGUGUCAAUUGGCGUAUCAAAUGUACAGUGUAUUUGUCUGUUGUGCAUAUAGAAGGUGAUAGUUGAUUUAUUUUGGUUAGAAAACCCAUUUAACACCCCCCCUCUUUAUCUUAGCACAUUUAUCUGUAGCACUUUUGUCAAACUUGUUGAUAUGUAAUAUAAAUAAUAAUGAAAUUUUAGAUUUUUUUUCAA